AUGCUCGGUACUGUGGCAAAACCACUGGGGGGAGUACUGGAUCUGGUUUCUGGCGCAAUGACAAGUCUUCGUGAAGCAGCACGACCUUCGGCACAGGGUCGCCCACGACGUCGACGCCCCCGGCGAGCUGGACUUAGCUGGGCCGGCGCAGGCGGACUUGAAAUGGUCAGCAGUUCUACAGGUCGCUACAAUGAUCACAUCAAACGCUCCAACACCGCCGUUCAUGUUGAUGGUGGUACUGGUGGAGGUGAGGGAGUUGACAAAAAUGUAGGAGCUCCUACUGUCAGAGGACAUCAAGGCGAUAUACAAAUCACGGGUCGAGGGCCAAUCCACUUGAUCGGCGUGGAUUGUAUCAACCAGCUCAGGUCAUCUGUAAAUAUAGCCACAAGUGAUACAAAUGAAACUGAAGAUGACGGAGAUGAGGAAAAUGAGGAAGAUGAUGAGGGCGAGAAUACCACGGAUUACGACGACACUGAUGGGGAGGAGACGAAUGAUGCGUUUAUCGGGACAAGUGAGGUGUGGGGUGUGGCCCCUGGGGUUACACCAGUUGCCCAACUUCCUAUAUAUUUACCGAGUCAGGCUGUUGGGCAGCUGCAGCUGAGGCGCAUCUGCGCUGGUUUACCUAAUGUCAUGCGACAACAGCCGCCCGGGCCUUCUGGGGUGUCAGGUAAAUUUUUCGUUUUAUUGGCAGGUUUCCAAGGCUACCAGUAG